GAUAUCUGAGCAUCAAAACAACAAAGUUGACGGAGCGCCCGGGCCUCGGUUAGUCAAGCAGGGUUCGCUUUUAGGGACUUUCAGCUCCAGCUGUUUUUGUCUUGGUCAAGAUUUUGGGAUGGACGUGCUGAAGUCGGCUGGAAGAGCUCUGCGCAGUCCGAGUCUCAGCAAACACCACAAGCUUCCCGAAAACUGGACAGACACCAGAGAGACCCUCAUUGAGGGAAUGACCUUUAACCUACGGCUUUUGGGAAUGACUCUUGUGGACCAGCCAAAAGGUGAAGAUCUGUCAGCUGCUGCUGUGAAGAGGAUUGUUGCUACGGCUAAAGCCAGUGGAAAGAAGCUCCCCAAGGUGGUCCUGAAGGUCAGCCCUCAGGGAAUCAUUCUUUAUGACAGUGUGUCCAAUCAACUGAUAGAGACCGUCUCUAUAUACAGAAUAUCGUAUUGCACUGCUGACAAAAUGCAUGACAAGGUGUUUGCUUACAUCGCCCAGAACCAACAAAAUGAGACAUUGGAGUGCCACGCGUUCCUUUGCGCCAAGAGGAAAGUGGCCCAGGCUGUAACACUGACCGUAGCUCAAGCGUUCAGAGUGGCCUUCGAGUACUGGCAGCACGCCAAAGAAGAGAAAGAACAGGAAAGUACAGAAGCAAGUAAUAGUGCACAGCCUGACACAUCAGACAGCAUGGUCAGCCUGAAAGAAACAGACACUGCAACAGGAAACCUGUUGGAUAUCGAUGACAGCCCCAUGGUGGUUGGGGAGAAUAUUGACAACCAGGAAACCCAUGUAGGCAACCAUAAUGAGCCGGAAAACAACACCACCAUCUGGGAGUUAGAUGAUGGUCUGGAUGAGGCCUUCUCAAGCUGCAGUUUGGAUAGCUUUGAAUACUCUGCAGACUUGCCGAGUCCCGUACUAACCCCCAGGUCUUGGACAUUAGGCUGACCCCUCCGGGCUGCAACUCGGAUCCAGAAAGUGACAAGGCCAAUGGUAACAUGCCCAACGCUGACAACCUCUUUUGCCUCUGAGAACGGAUAUUAAGGAUAUAACAGUGGAUGCAUCAAGAAACUAAUUGAAUAGUAAAAAGAAACUGGCCACGAUGAAAUGGACUGUCCAGCCAUCUUGAUCAAGGCAAGCACUCAACAAACCAAAGCAAUAUAGUGUGAUCUUCAAAACUUAUUUAGUGCUGUACUCCACUUAGAGCUAACUGUAUGUCCAAAAGUAUCUAGACAUCUGAAUUUAAGGGUAUAAAUAGGUGCUUGUCCUCCCUUUACUGUGGUAACAGCUUCUACUUUUCUGGGAAGGCUUUAAACUAGGUUUUAGAACAUUGCUGUGAGGAUUUGAUGCAUUCAGCAGAGAAUUAGUUCUGGAUUACAAACCCCACUCCAACUUAUCCCAAAGGUUCUGGAUAGAGCUCUGUCAUUCCAGACAAUGCAGUUCCACUGCUCUACUGCCCAAUACUGGCCUUAUGUUCAUGUAUGGCUGCUCCAGAGCAUUCCCAUUCUCUUGGUCAGUGCUUCUCUUUGAAGGUUAGACAAGCAGUGUGUGUUCAACUGAACCACUUUCCCUUUUGCCCCUUUAAUUUAGGGCAGGAGCUAUGAGGUUGCUGACAAACUCUAGAAAUCAAAAGUCACCCAAUUUUUUUUUUUCUGUAAAUAUUCCCAAAACUUCCCUCAAUUCUCUCAAACCACUUCUACUUCAUUAAGGGUGUGGAGGUGCACUGUAUGAUUUAGGGUGAGCUUUAAAAAUGAACAAAACUUCAUAGUGUAGCUGGAUGCUUUUAGAAGCUAUUUUACGCAAGUUUUGUGCCAAAUUCUAACUCAAGAUACGUUCGCGUUACAAGCUUCAUUCCUCAGAUCCGAUUUUUCACUCAAAUCCGAUCUCUCUGACAUGACGGUUCACGCUUGUUUAGGUAAGUGAUUCAAGUCUGUCAUUAAUGUGAACAAACCAGUGUCCUGAGAUGAGCCGCAUGCACACAUCCUACUCAGUGACGUCACAUAAAUGAAAUGCGUGCAUCCCGUGCAUCAUCAGCAAACGAGCAGAACGAGCUGUGCUGUGAAGCUGAUUGACUCUGAUCAGCUCCCUGCUGUUCAUUAUUAGAGCGGGACGAAGAUAAAAAAGGUGGGGUGUGUUUAUUUUCCACUGUUUACAGACUUUAACUUCUGUUUGGCGCUGCUUUUAUGACAAUGCUGAAUGAUCAGUGGAAAAAAAUGGGGAAAAAAGCAAAUGAAUUCCAGUCUGAGCAUCACAUUAAGGUCACAUGUCCACGAAUCAGAUACCUAUCUAGGACCACAUAUGAAAGUGGCUCAGGUCGGAUUUGAAAAGAUCAGAUUUGUGUGUCCACACAGCCCUAAAGCAUCAGUCACAUUAGGGCAAAAAAAAAUCUGAUUUGUGCCACUUCAACCUAGUAAUAUGUACAUAGCCUCAGACUCCAAGUAUAUAUCUUCAGUUCGGAAAAUCAGGCUUAAAUGGUCAUUUAUAAAAAGAAAACAAAUCAUGAAAACAAUGUGUCGUGUCCAUAUGCCUGCAAAACAUAAUACAUGUAAAGGGGAGGCUGCACACUGAGGUUUUGCUCAGUUUUGCUCAUCAAGUCAUAUUUUUAAACUACAUUGAAAUGCGUCCUUAUGCGACAUCAGUCUGGAUGCGGUUUGAGUGGGUUGAGAGGAGUUCUGCAGAUGAUUUAUUGAAAAGAUUUCGGUGGCUAUUGGCUUCGUGUUUGUUAGCCACGUUAGCCUUGUAGCUCCAGUUUAUAACUAAAGAACCAAAACUAAGUCUUAUCCGAUCAGCUCCAUCUGGAGUAAAUGGAAAAUGAUGCCUAUUUCAUUGUCUGAUUGUCCCUUCGCCUGGGGAGUCUGGAUACUUUUGGACAUAUAAUGUACCACAUCUGGUCUUUCUUUUCCAAUCUAGUCUAUGUAACGUGUAGCAUCUAGGAUCAGUAUUAUGUCCAUGUGUUUCAAAAUAGUAACGUUUCUUCUGCAAAUGUCUGUUAAGGUAUAUUAUAGAGCUAUUUUGCUUUUGGACAGCGUAAUGGACUAAUGGUCCAUUGCAAUUUCCUGAUACAGUUGCAAGCAUUUAUACAAAUGAAGAAAACAAUCAGUUUUGGUGGGUAUUUAGUGCAUCCGAACAAAUGUACCUAUGAAAAUGAAAUAUAUUGUUAUCGGUCAUGUAUUCCAAGACAAAUAUAAUAUAUUAUAAUAUAUUUUCAGUAUAUUUUGUAUGAGUAGGGAUCUUCCCAUGUUGUGAAUACUGUUUGGUUUAUGAUGAUCGUAAUAAUUUAAUGACACUUGGAGUAAUAUUUCUAUGUAAACUUUAAUAAAAAAUGAAAAUGA